AUGGCGACCCUCGUCCAAGUACCCAGCACUAACCAGGACAAUCUGUUUACCUGUCUCUCAUGUUCAAUUGCAUUUCCCUCCGCCGAGGAACAGAGGUUGCAUUAUCGCUCCGAUCACCACAGGUACAAUAUGAAGCGUCGUGUUGCGGGCCUUCCGCCUGUUAGUGCAGUGCUUUUCAAUCAAAAGGUUCUGGAAAGAAGGACAGAGACUGCUGUAGCAGCAUCGUCGAAGGGAUCUACAUGCGAAGUGUGCAAGAAAUCCUAUAUAUCAGAGAAUGCAUACCGCACCCACUUGAACUCAAAAAAGCACAAGGAGAAUGAGGUCAAGGCGGCCUCUGCGCCUAAAUCAGAAGAUGAUGGGUCAGAAUCAGAGGAUCGCGUUCCCGAGCUUCCGGGCGAUGCGAAGGACCUUGUGCAGGCUGUAGCCAAGGAAGUUGCCCGCUUAACCGUCGACGAGGAUGCAUCCGAGGAAGCUGUCGAGCAGACCAUUGACGCCAAAAUUGCUGCAGCCCGCGCACGGCUCUCACCUAUCCACUGCCUUUUCUGCCCUGUAGUAUCGUCCGCCAUCUCUGAUAACCUCACCCACAUGGCCGCUGCGCACUCGUUCUUCAUCCCGGACGCCGAGUACCUCACCGACCUAGACGGUCUGCUCACCUAUCUCGGCGAGAAAGUUGCAGUGGGUAACGUCUGUCUAUACUGCAAUGGCAAGGGAAGGGAAUUCAGGACAUUGGAUGCCGUUCGCAAGCACAUGGUGGACAAAAGCCAUUGCAAGAUCGCAUACGAGACGGAAGACGACCGCUUGGAGAUAUCGGAUUACUACGACUUCACGAGCUCGUACCCUGACGCCAAGAAGAAGAAGAAGCAGGGCGACGAGGAGUGGGAGGACCUCGACGGAGAUGAUGUGGACGCAGAAUCCGUCGACGAAGUCGUCGAAGAGUCUGACUCCGAGGAAUCAGACUUGGAUGAACUGCCAAACAGCCAGGUCACCUAUGGUGAUUCCCACCUCGAACUUGUCCUUCCUUCGGGUGCAAGGAUAGGUCACCGAAGCCUCAAGCGAUACUACGCUCAAUCUUUCAUACCUCGGGGAGGCAAAAAUGUCGAUCCAAACUCUGGAGCUGCCCUUGUGCGACGGCUUUUGGCAGAGAAGAAUUCCGCUCUUGUACCCAGCAAAGGCGGUUUCGGAGCUUAUGGCCAGGGUUACUCUGUUGUCAAAGCCAGAAACCCUGGUGAAGCGAGGGAAGCAGGGCGUCAUGUUCGAGAAUUCCGGGACCAGAGACGGCGGGAAGACUUCAAGACGAAGGUUGGAUAUCGGAACAACAACCAGAAGCACUUCAGGGAUCCUCUGCUUCAAUAG